CACACAGACAGGAAGUACAACUAGACAUGACAUAAGGGGGAGUGAACACUUCAAAAUAAAACAGGAUAUACAAAAAUCACGAUCAUGACACCUAGGAGUGUUCGCCAGCACUGUAUUACAACCAGUUAGGCUUAAAUGUGUCCAGUUGAAGGAUGUGUGGUCUAUAACAAGAACAAAUACAAAGGUGCAGAAAUAUAAUGAGAAUCCAAGUACCAAGUAUAUUUAACUUAAAUAGCUUAAGCAAUAGGAAUCAAUUAUCCAUGAUCUUGUGACCAAAGCGCAUAUGCUUCAUUAGCCUAAUCAACAACUACAACAACAGUAAAGUUAGAAUAAAAUAGUAACAAAUAUUUACAGGAAAUAAAUCACACAGACUGCCAGAUUACAAUACAAACAGACUUCCAUGUCAUCAGAAUGCUAACAUUAUCAAAUUCCAACAGUUUCACUGGAAAGAAGCAGCUAAACUAGCAUCAGCAUGAGCAAACUUUAGCACAUGUAGCUUAGCUUAGCAUCAAUAAAAAAGUAACUUGUUUUACUCACUGUCCAUCAGAGACACACACAAUUCACACCACUGGGAUGCAGUUAAGUCCACUUUUUCCAACGUGCCUCGUGCCUAUUCAACAAAGAAGACACCAUAACACUUUAUGCUCUCCUCUCCCCAGGUUCUCAAACCAAGCAGUUGGUCUCUGAUGUUUCCAGCAGAGUGACAUUAUGGCGACUGCAGCAACAGUGUCAGAUGAUCUGCAGCCUGUGAAGCGAAGGCACAGCUUAGAAUGGCUGCCACCAACCAUGUCUGAGCUGAGAGUGGUUCUGCUGGGGAACAGCUGGUCUGAGAGGAGUUCAGUGGGGAACUGGAUCCUGGGAGAGACUGUGUUCAACACUGAGGAAGAACCAGACCGCUGUGUGAGAGUCAGAGGACAGGUGAAAGGAAAAGAAAUAGUUCUGAUCAACACCCCAGAUCUGAUGCACGCCAACAUCUCUGAAGACAAACUGACAGAACAUGUGAACAGCUGUGUGAGACUCUCUGCUCCUGGACCUCAUGUGUUCCUGCUGCUUCUACAGUCUGAAGACUUCACUGAAGAAAAGAACACAAAGCUUUGCAGAACCCUUGAAAAGUUCAAUGAUCGAUGGUUUGAUCAUUCACUGAUUCUGAUAUCAGCACCCAGAGAGGAGAGCUCAGGUUUCAUGGAAGAAUACAUGGAACACCCUCCUUUACAAGAAGUGAUCAGAAGAUGUAGCUUUAGAUACCUGAAGAGGAAGAACCUUCAACGUCCAGAGCUGUUAACACGCUUGGGUCAAACUGUAAAGGAGCACAACAGAGAGCCUGUGAGCUGUGAUGCAUUUGAGGAUCCAGGUUUGAUCAUGAUGUCAAAGUGUGAACCUAUCAAACCAGCUUUAAACCUGGUUCUGUGUGGGAGAAGAGGAGCAAGGAAGACUUCAGCAGCCAAGGCCAUUUUAGGUGAGACAGAGUUUCAUUCAGCCUCCAACUCAUCAGAGUGUGUUAAACAUCAGGGAGAGGUGUGUGGACGCUGGCUGUCCCUGGUGGAGCUGCCUGCCCUGUUUGAAAAACCUCAGGAGGAAGUGAUGGAGGAAUCAUUCAGGUGCAUCUCCCUCUGUGAUCCUGAGGGUGUCCAUGCCUUCAUCCUGGUCCUACCUGUGGGUCCCCUCACUGAUGAAGACAAGGGAGAGUUAGAGACCAUCCAGAACACAUUGAGCUCUCGAGUCAGUGACUUCACCAUGAUUCUGUUCACUGUGGAGUCAGACCCUACAGCUCCAGAUGUUGAUAACUUUGUAAAAGAAAACAAGGACAUCCAGGAGCUCCAUCAGAGCUGUGGAGGAAGAUAUGUUGUUCUCAACAUCAAGGACCAGCAGCAGAUCCCACAACUGUUGGAUGCUGUGGAAGAGAUGAGAGUUGAAGAAAGCUUCACACUAAAGAUGUUCACCAAGGCUCAGAUGAAGAAGGUUGUAGAGCAGGAUAACACUAACACAAGACUUAAAGCUGAACUUCAGGAUGUUAAAAAGAAAAGUGAGAAUGGAGAAGAUCAUGAAAGUCAGAACAGAGAGUGUCUCAGGAUGGUGCUGAUUGGGAAGACUCGCAGUGGGAAGAGUGCAACUGGAAACACCAUUCUGGGCCAAGAACGUUUUAAAUCCAGCAAGAAGUCUGUGACCACGACUUGCCAGAAGGCAACAGGAGAGAUUGAUGGACGGCCUGUUAUCGUCGUCGACACCCCCGACUUGAGUGACGAUGAAUUCCAACAAGAGAUUAAAAAAUGCAUCAGCAUGUUGUCUCCUGGACCUCAUGUGAUCUUACUGGUGCUGCAGAUCGGCCGCUUUACACAAGAGGAAAGAAACUCUGUGGAACUGAUCAAGAAAUAUUUUGGCAAGAAGUCUGGAGAUUUCAUCAUCAUUAUAUUCACCAGAGGAGAAGAACUGGACGAUGAGUCAUUCGAGAGUCAAGUGGAAGCUUGUGGUGGCUUUGUUAAACAACUGAUAAAUGACUGUGGAGGGAGAUUCCAGGUCUUCAAUAACAAAGACGACACAAAACACACACAAGUCAGAGAGCUGCUGACCAAGAUUGAGACCAUGGUGAAUGAAAAUGGCGGCUGCUGCGACACUGAGGUGUUUGACAACACAGAGGGAUACACAAAAACACAAGUGGAGAAGCUUUUGAGAGCGAAGGAAGAAGAGACGAAGGACCUCCGGAGAAAACAUGACAAAGAUUUAAAAACACUGACAAGCAAAAUCCAAGAAGAGAGAAAACUGAGAGAAAAACUGCUGAAGGACAAAGACCAAAGCAUUAACAAGGAGCGUGAGGAGAGAAAGAAAGAACGGGAGGAAGUUGAAAGGAAACGGAAAAAACACGAAGAAACUCUGCGACAGGACUGCAAAAGAAAACUGGAAGCUUCAGAGAAAAUAGUUCAUUCAGAAAGAGAGCAAAAUGAAAGUUCUGCAAAGAAACAUGAGCUGCUAAGAAAAGAGAUGAAGAGAGAUCGAGACGCCUGGGAUAAAGAGAGGAAGGACAUCUGGGAACGAAGACAUCAGGAGGACAAAGACAGUCUGGAGGAAGAGAAAACAAAGUUUAAAAAGCUCCAAGAGGAGUACCAUUGGAAGAGAAGAAAAUAUUCAUAUUCUGUAGUGCUGCUGUUGUUGUUUGUAUUGUUUCUAUUAUGUUAUAUAUUUCUCAGAUAGGCACACACAUAAUCAAAGCCUCCACACAGAACAGGAGGACUGGUCAUCUGAAAACUGAUGACUUUGUAAAACAACUGUUAAAUGACUGUGGAGGGAGACACCAGGUCUUAAUAACAAAAGGUUACAUUAUUUGAUAUUCCAAAAGGAAGAGGAAGCCAUAAGAAGUGCAUCCAGAAACAUUUUGGCAAGAAGUCUGGAGAUUUCAUCGUUGUAUAGGAUAAUGGUGGCUGCAUCGGACCUGGCCUGACAGAGCCUUCUCCAUCGCUGGCCCCUCCCUCUGGAACUCACUCCCCAAACACAUCCGUGACUGUACCGAUCUCUCCAUGUUCAAAUGUCAAAUCAAUACUCACCUCUUCAGAUCUGCUUUUAAUGUAUAAUUACUUCUAUGUAUUUUAAAUGUUGAUUUUUUUAAUGUAAUUUUGAAUCUUAUAUGUAUCUGUAAAGCGUCUUUGAGACUUGGAAAGACAAACUUGGAAAAAUCAAUCUCCAAUGAAAAACCUUUUUUGUUUGUUGUAUAUAAAUAUAUAAUAUUUGCCUUACAACUGUGACAAAACUGUUACAGGUUAGGGUAAGGGUCAGUGACCAAACAGAUAUUUUUCAAGUACAGCCUACUUACACACCUGUCAAUAUACUUUUUAUAAUCUAUUAUCUUAUUUUAAUCCUUCUACAUUUUCUUUUCAAAACAUUUUUUUCACACAGCCUUAAGAGUCUGCCGCACUGCAUUUCUCUGUACAUUUUAAAUGAGCAUGUGACAAAUAAAAGCACUAAAUCUUAAA